AUGUAUCUCUUCGUCUUCCUUGUCCUCCUCGUCGCCCUCGCCCUUCUCCGCGACUUUCUCCUCCUCCUCUUCCGCCAGCUAUGCUCGCCCCUCCGUCGUCUUCCCGGCCCUCCUUCGCCCUCCUUCUUCAUGGGCAAUCUCGAGCAGAUGCACGACAUGGAAAACAAUAAUCUCAUCGCAAACUGGGUCAACUCCUACGGCACCACCUUCGUCUAUCGCGGCUUCAUUGGCGGCUGUCGUCUUAUGACCACCGACCCCGUCGCCAUUGCACAUAUCCUCGGCAACGCGUAUCACUACCCCAAACCAGACUUCGUCAGGGAAAGUCUCGCUAGUAUGGCUGCAGGUCACGACGGCCUCCUCGUGGUCGAGGGCGCUGAUCACAGACGCCAGCGCAAGAUCUUGGCUCCAGCGUUCUCCGCUGGGCAUAUCAAAUCCUUGUCUCCCAUCUUCUGGGACAAAGCUACCGAGCUACGCGACAUUUGGCUUACCGAGGUUGAUUCAGCUUCGUUUGAUCCAGGCCGCGAAAACUCUAUCACCCGUAUCGACGUCCUCGUUUGGCUAGGCCGCGCAACUCUUGAUGUAAUAGGCCUUGCAGGUUUUGGCUACGCAUUCAACGCGCUGACAGAUGAUUCCAAUGAACUCGCACGCGCCUUCAGCGUCAUCUUCUCCACCGCCCGCAAGUUUCGUGUCAUGACGAUCCUCCAAGCUUGGUUUCCGUUCCUACGACGAUUUAGACGAAAUAAUGCUGCGAUGGCGCAAGCCAAGGCGACGAUGCGCCGAAUCGGCCUUGAACUGAUAGAUGAAAAACGCAAGGCAAUCCAGCAUGAGCGAGACUCAUACUUACACGAACCGGCAAAGAUCGGCCCUUUGCAGGAUCAAUCCACAGCGCGGUCACAAGGUCCUAAAGAGCUGCGUGGAAGAGACCUGCUGAGUGUUCUCAUCCAAUCCAAUUUAUCAUCGGACGCGUCGCAACAAAUGUCGGAAGAUGAGGUUCUAAGCCAAAUAUCUACGUUCCUAGCUGCUGGCCACGAAACAACGUCUUCGGCCCUAACAUGGUGUCUAUAUGCGCUCGCUAAUAAUCGGCCAGCGCAAGAAAAGCUACGAGUCGAGUUGAGAAAACUUGAUGCUGCCGAUCGGACGCAGCAGUCUCCACCUCCGAAGAGCGAUCACGAGGAUCUCACAGAGCGGAUUGCUCGAUGCGGCUAUCUGGACUGGGUCGUUCGUGAGUCUCUCAGAGUACACGCACCGGUUACAAACACGAUGCGAGUGUGCAUGCGCGACGAGGACGAAAUCCCUGUCCAGGCAGUGCUACCUCGCAAGUCAAACGCACAGGUCGACGCUAUUGAUGACCGGGGUCGCACCACCAUGGACCAGAAUGUGGAUAUCCAUGGGAAUAGAAGGUCUACCAUUUCCGUACGCAAGUGGGACAUAAUCAGUGUGCCGAUCCAAGCGAUCAACAAGAGCGAGGCGUUCUGGGGCGAAGAUGCGAAGCUCUUUAGACCAGAACGCUGGGCUUCACCCCCCCAAGAAGCUCGUGCAAUUCCGGGACUCUACUCCAAUACGUUGACGUUCCUGAAUGGUAAUCCACUCGGUGGGAAUAGGUCUUGCAUUGGCUACAAAUUCGCUCUGAUUGAGAUAAAAAUCUUUCUCUAUGUAUUGGUGAAGGACCUGGAUUUCUCGAUUGACCCCACGAUGGUCAUCGAAAAGAAAGUCAAUGUGGUCACACGGCCCUUCGUGAAAUCGGAGCCACAUUUAGGAAACCAAAUGCCUUUGAAUAUAUCACGAGCUUCAAGUUACAGUUCGGCAUCGGUGUUGUAUCCUUUGGGACGCUCCUCUGAAACUCCCACAAUAUCCCCGCCUUCCUUUUCAUUGCCAGUAUAG